CUAAACCACCAGGUCCUCCAAGUGUUAUUUCUCUUCCACAAUUAUUUGAGUUUGGUUUCUCGUCUGACGAUCUCAACGACUUUAAAUCCCUGACCGUGGACUUGUCCCAACCCCCUUUCAAGUCAUUGUUUUGCACUUUUCCUUAUUUUGUUGUGUUCUCUCUCUCUCUCUCUCUCUCUGCAACUGUCAGGAGCCGAGCCACAGCAACAAUGGAGGAAAGCCAAGGAUUUGCACUGACCCAGUUGAGGAAAUCGAUUGAGAACCUCGGUUGUUCUACAGAGAAGCAUGAGAAUCCGACAUUGAUGAGGUUCUUGGUGGCAAGAUCAAUGGACCCUGAGAAGGCAGCGAGGAUGUUUGUGGAUUGGCAGAAGUGGAGAUCCUCCUUUGUUCCUCAGAGUGGUUUCAUCCCUGAUUCCGAAGUCAAAGACGAAUUGGAAUCCAGAAAACUCUAUCUUCAGGGUCCUUCCAAAUCAGGACACCCAGUGAUGAUCGUCAAAGCAAGCAAGCAUUACCCUACCAAGGACCAAGUUCAAUUCAAGAAAUUCGUCGUUCAUAUGCUGGACAAGACAAUUGCAAGUGGCAUCAAAGGAAAAGAAGUAGGAAAUGAGAAGUUGAUAGGCAUCCUUGACCUGCAGGAUAUCGGGUAUAAGAAUGUCGAUACCCGUGGAUUGAUAACUGGGUUUCAAUUCUUACAAGCUUACUACCCGGAACGACUGGCAAAAUGCUACCUUUUGCAUAUGCCGAGAUUCUUCGUGGCCAUCUGGAGAUUCGUUUGCCGAUUCCUCGAGAAAGCAACUCAAGAGAAGAUAGUGAUAGUGAGGAAUGAAGAAGAAGGAAGGAAGAUGGUGGAAGAGGUUGGAGAAGAGGCCUUGCCUCAAGAGUACGGAGGCCGAGCAAUCCUCACUGCCCUCCAAGAUGUUGUUGUCCCUUCUCCUCUUUCUUGAUUCUCUUCUUCCUUAAACUCUCAUUACUUAGUUUAAUAUCUGCACUUUGUUUACAAUUGUCGACUACAAUAUUUCUACUAACGUCGUUAACUCUCUGCCC